UCCAGCGAAAACAGCACACCAUACAAUGACUUUGAGCGGGUGCAAUGGCUCGUCGUGGGUUACACGCGGAUUUUCAGUGCCCCAGAAGCGUAAAUUUUGCUUAUUUACGUACCCGCUAAGAUGGAAAUAGGCCUCGUCACUCAUGAUUAUUUUUGAUGAAAAAUCAUCUUCCUCUUGGUGGUGAUUAAGGAUGGCUUGAGCGUAUGUUAGACGCGAUUGGCGGUCAACAGCUAACAGCUGAUGCACCGUCUGGACUUUGUACGGAAACAUCUUCAAAUCUUGUACCAAAAUUCGCUGUAAAGACCGUCGAUUGAUACCCAUUUGCGUGGCACGUCGUCUGGCCCAUGUCGACGGCGCUUCCAUGACAUCCUCGGCUACAGCAGCAAUAUUCUCUGCAGAACGGCUACUCCGGGGUCUUCCACGCCUGGCAGCAUCUCGUAUUGUACCAGUCUCUUCGAGGCGAGCGGCUAAACGUCGCAGUGUUUCACCAGUAGGCGUUGGACGGCGAGGAAAUCUGCGACGAAAUUCACGUUGUGCCAAAGUCACCGACCGAGGUUUCUAGCCAAGUAUCACAUCUCAGUGUGAGACCCUCGCCAUUUCUUGCGUCGUGCAAUUUUUAUCUAUAUAUGUAUUUCUGAGAUCCAAAUCUGCUUUGACAGAAAAAAAAUCACCUUUGAAAUUAUGAAUGAGAGGAGAGGGUUUGUAUUAUAUAUUGUAGUUUAUAAUGCAUGAAAUCAAAAUACAAUGUUUUACUGCGUCAGCUCUGUUAGUUAAUAGUCACACCUCGUAUGUAAAAUGAAUAUUUGGAACUUUAAUAAAGUCGCGCUCGCAGAUUUAUUUGGCCGAAUGUUUUGCAUUUUAUGCGAUAGUGAUUUUAGCUUAAUCGCUCACUAGUAACAGUCGCAGUUGUAAAUCGUUGGUGAUCCAGUACGGUGUAACGUCGCGUCGUUCAUGUUUUCUCAUAUUUUGCCUUAUAUUUUUUACGCAAUUUUAUUUGUUGCUUUCCCGCUUGUUUGUUGGAUUCGACGUUAAUUUGCAACUGUAGUCAUCUCACAUUUAUUUAUGUUGAUAGCACGCUUGCGCUAAAUCGCCGCAUUUCGUCGCUGAACGUCAACGUCAUUCGCUAGCAUUACUGAAAUCGCAUAUCGUUUAUUAAAAAAAAUGUAAAUAAAUAAAUGGCACAACGUCCUCUUUGCAUGCCGAUUUUAUGAAAACCACUACUGCAGAAUAUAAGUCUACAUUGAUGCGCAUAAAGUGCAAAUUGAUUGCCAAAACUAAUAUUUUCAGUAUUUCCAAACGAAUAUACCUAUUCAAUAUAGAAAAUUCAAGUUGUGUGAUAUAAUGCCAAUAAUGUUAACUGAAAGUGAGAAUUUUUAUAAAUUUUGGCGUUUAUGCUGCUUGUUAGUCGCCUACAGUGUCAUGUGUCAAGGCUUAAGUGCACAAAUCAAGUCCAGAUACAAGCCUAUGGGAGUGGAUUUGUUCGACCAUGAAUUCAUGAGUGCUCCAGACUCAUUGAGCUCGAACAUAGAGGACUGGAACAAUAGUGAAACUGAGAUUGAUGAUCCUGAAACAGUGCCACGCCUCUAUCAAGGCGACAUUGCCAUUGAUCCUUAUACUUACAUAUCACUUAGGCUUGGCGUUAAUCCCAUGAAACAUCCGAAACGUGUGUGGCCUAACGCCACUAUUCCUUUCGAAAUUAGCCACUUAUACACAAACAAUGAACGUAUGGCCAUACAACGCGCCCUAAACACAUUCAAUUCCUUAACUUGUAUUAAUUUUAUACCCUUUGACGGCGAGGAGGAAGAUUACGUAUUAAUUACACCGCCAGUAGAUGAUGCACCGCCCGGUUGCUGGUCGUUUGUAGGAAAGCGCGGUGGAGAACAAAUAGUAUCAUUGCAGCAACCUGAUGAGAAUAGCGCACACUGUUUCAGCAGCGAGGGACGCAUUAUGCAUGAACUUAUGCAUGCGAUUGGCAUCUAUCACGAACAGUCACGAGCGGAUAGAGAUAAUUUUGUUAAAAUUCAUUGGGAAAAUAUUGUUCCAAAAUAUCGGAAAAAUUUUAAACUGAUUUCUAAAAAGAAAGGCAAACAGACGUUCGAUUACGAUUACAAUUCUGUAAUGCAUUACGGCGAAUUCUACUUUAGCAAAAAGAAAGGGGAGAAGCCGACUAUGACACCAUUGCAACCGGGUGUACGUAUAGGUCAACGGAAAACCAUUAGCAAAACAGACUGUCUAAAAAUCAACGAUUUAUAUGGUUGUUUAAAUGGUAGGCAUGCCCGAAUGUACAAAACCCACAAUUAUUAAGUGUUUCACUUGACCUCCCGUUUUCUGCGUUGACGCUAUCAUUUGUAUAUUGUGCUCCAUUCUUCCAUGUUAAGAAGUUAUGAAUAUAACAUCAGGCCAAAACUAUUGUAGACACCUUAUUAGGGCUCAAGUUUAUUCUGUUUGCUAGAACACGGAAGCGCCUGCAUAAAAUCCCAAACGCAUUUUCAACCACGCGUCUAGCUCUCGAUAACCUGUAAUUAAAAAUAAUCUCAUAGCGGCUUAGUUGGGUACGGGAAAGGGGUCUUAUUAAAUUCUCCAUAAGGGGAAAAGCAUCAUCUCCAAUAAAGACAAAUGGUAGCUUCUCCUGACACAUUGGAACGCUUGCAGCUUGGGGAAUAUGUAGUUCAUUGUCAUCAUAUUUUUGCUUAAACUUGCUUUGACCGAAGAUUCCAGCGUCAGAUGCUCUUGCGUUUGCACCAACUUCAACGGCAAUGAACUCAUACUUCGCAUUAACAAUUGCCAUCAUUACAAUAGAGUACGAUUUCCUAUAGUUAUAAUAAUAUGAGCCCGUCCCAGGUGGUUUCAUUAUUUCCACAUGUUUGCCAUCGAUCGCCCCAAUGCAGUUGGGAAAGUUCCAUAGUGUAUUGAAAUCAUUGGCAAUGUAUUUCCAGUCGUUUUCAGUUUUUGGAAGCUGAAAAAAGAAUACAGCUAAUUUUAGUUUCAUGUUUAUUUACAGGCUGAUUCUCAAAGUAAUAGGAAGCGAAAGGGGUCUGAAAAAAUCUCGGAGUUUCUUCAAAAGGCCAUACAGCAUCUGGAUGAAACUAAAAAUAGACGAACGGCACGAGAUGAUGCUGAUGUAUUUGCUGAAUCUUGGGCAAUUUGAUUCAGAAAAUUAUCGCCAGAGCAACAAAUAUACGCAAAAAGAGGUAUUGACGAGAUCUUAGUACAUGGACAGUUGGAAAAUAUCAAUGUUAACUCCGUUAAGAUAAAUAUUACGCAAAGACUUCCAAGGCCCUACACAAUAUCUCGCGCGUCGACUCAGUAUACGUCAUCAUCGUCUAUUUCAGAUCCUUUUACCACAGUUCUGACACAACUACCACAUGUAUUUCUAUCAAAAAACACUAUGCCACGAAAUGAAUGUUCACAGCCAGUGUUCGUGGGAUCGCAAUAGUACAUUGAACCAAACAGCUCCGAAAAUUCUGUUUCAGCACAGUCUUUUACCGAAUUGUUUACAGACACCCAAUAUCAGUGAGCUCAGAGCUGGGCCGUAAUAAUAAUUUCACUUCAAAAAAGUGAAAUUACGAUUAUGGUAAUCGUAAUCGCAGGUGUAAUCGCUUGCACGCAUUAAGGAGCUCUGAGUGAACUCAAGUUUAACUUUUUGAAUUAAAUUUUUCUUUUUUUUAUGAAUUAUAAUAUUGAACUUUUUUUAAUAAAUUACCUGAAUAUAA